AUGGGUAGAGAGAUUGCUCCAAUAUUAUUAUGUAAUGCAGAAAAUUUUGAAACUUUGUCGAGACAUGAACGUUGGUUUCAAGAACAACCAAAACUUCUUCUCGAUGCUUUAUCUAUUCAAAAUGGUAUGAACAUAGCUGAUGUAGGAGCUGGAACUGGAUUUUUAACAGUACAUUUAGCUCAUCGUGUUGGACCACAAGGUUUUGUAUUUGCUACUGAUGUACAGUCUCAAAUGCUAGAUGCUUUACUUAGUCGACCCGAUCUUCCUGACAAUGUGAUCCCUAUUCUAUCUACGCCUACGGAUACAGGUCUUCCAUCAAAAACAUUCGACCUAAUUUUAUUAGUUGAUGUUUAUCAUGAAGCUCUAAGACCUGAUCUUCUAUUGAAAAACUUGCGACGAGCUCUAAAAUCUAAUGGUCGACUUGCUCUUGUCGAAUAUCGAAUGGAAGAUCCUCGAAUAACUUGUGAUCCACGACAUAAGAUGAGUGCUAGACAAGUUAUUAUGGAGCUUGAAGCAAAUCGUUUUAGAUUGGUAGAACUAUACGAACAUCUACCAUGGCAACAUAUUCUGAUUUUCAUGAAACAAUAA